GUCCGUCAACUUGGGCUGGCUUCGCACGGGUUCAGCUUGAGGAAGCUUGACGUUGGGCCAAACGGAGCACUACAACGUCGUCGUGACACGGAAAUCCGGCAGCCAUGUUAUCGACACCGCAGCUGUCCACCCAAAGGGUGUUGACGUCUGUCCUCGCGGCUGCCUCGUGCUGGGGCAGUGGGCAUGCGUCCCAAUGCAUCCCCCGGGGCAACCCGUUCGACAUCAUCGACCCCCAGAACUGGAUCAACCCAGACCGGAUGACCUGGGACGACUUCAAGGCGCCUCCCGGGACGAACUGGGGCGACCCUUCUCGCAGGGGUUCCAGCCGCAACUUCAACAUUGCCCUCGUGACGGUCGAUUAUGAGGACAAGUCGUUUGCCAUCACGGGUCCGCCAAACUCGACCAUAUAUGGCAACCCCCAGCCGGCCGCCGCCAACAUUCCACGCGAAAAGGUCCCCGCCUUCUAUCGCGACCUGCUCAAUAAGCCCAAUGAGCUCAACCGGGGCCACACUCUCCACGAGUACUGGAUGGAAGACUCGGCCGGCAGAUUCGGGGUCGACCUGACGGUGUUUGGUGCCUACCGCAUGCCUUCCAAGUCGUACCAGUACGGCAUCGACGAUGACAUGAACCCCGGCGCGUGCCCGCCCGGCGCCACCUGCAACCUCGACAUCAGAGACGACAGCCUCGCCGCCUGGCGCAAGGACGUGGGCGACAAGGUCGCGGAUUCGUUCGAGCUCGUCUUCAUCCUGUCGGCAGGCCAAGACGAGUCGGCGAGCUGGCAAGAGUUCGGCGAGAUGAAGUUCGCCUCCAAGGAGGAUGUCCCUGCCGCGUUCGGUCCGCCGCCCGGCGCGAAUGGCUCGGCCGUCAACUAUGCGUCCACGAGAUACGUCGAGUGGACAUCGUGGGCCGCGGCGUCCAACAUAUGGCCCAACGCCGGCGGCGGCUCCUCGACGCAGUGCGAGAGCUCCGGCAUGGGCGUCUACGCGCACGAGCUCAGCCACCUGCUCAACAUUGGCGACAACUACAACAACCCCUACGGCAAGCCGCUGCGCCGUGCUUACACCGGCCCGUGGUCGAUGCUGUCCCGCGGCUCCUUCAACGGCCCCGGCGGGCCGCACUCGAGAUGGCAGAUCCCGGCGCUGCAAGGAAGCUCCAUGGGCUCGCUACACACGAUGCGCGACAAGCUCCAGCUGGGGCUCGUCGCCAACUCCAGCGUGCUCAGGAUCUCCCGAACGGGACUCGUCGGCUCCGGACCGGUCGUCGCGCGCAUCACCGCACGUGCCGUCAAGGCGGACCUCAUGGGCCUCCGCGUCGAGAUGGGCAACGACCUCGCCCCUGCUUGCGACAUCUCCACGGACGUCCUCUGCGACGGCCGUGGCUACAACAACUAUGAAACGGAGGUUGUGGACCGCAUGGGCGCCGACUCGUUCCAGCCAGACGCAGGUGUCAUGAUUAGCAAGACCAAGACCGUCGCCAAGCAGCCGUUCCAAUGGACCAUCGAUGCGAACCCUCAGGACAUUAACCUGGUUGACUUUAUUCGGCCAAACGGGACCAAGGCCAUGGCGACCAUGGGCGACUACCGCCAAUUGGCAGAUGCGCUGUUCCACGCCGGAACGCGCUCUGGCAGUGAGUUCGAGUACGUCGACAAGGCCAACGUGCUUCACCUGUACGUCCUCAAGAAGCAUCGCGACAAGACGGGCGUGCUUUCCUACACUGUCGGCGUCCGAUCCCUGAACGGCACGGACGCGAGCGAGCACGGCGUCAAGCUCUCACCAGGCAAGGUGACCGCCGGAAAGAACAAGGUGACUGACAAGGGCGUCUUUUGCUCCUUUGACCUGACCAACAAUGGCACCUACGUCGCCGGAGGAUCGCAUCCUCAGGAUCUGACCCCGUAUUUGGGCGUGGACAUUUACCGCCUUCAGGCUGAGGUGAAGGGAUCCGGGUGGCGAGUUGAGCUGCCCAACGCUCUGGCUUUUGCAAAGUACGGCGAGACCACGAGCGUUCAUGUUGCGGUGGGCGCGUCUGCUCAUGCCCACGACGUUGGUACGGUGACGCUCGUAGCCACGUCGGAGUCGGAUAAGAAGGCGAGGGCGGUCGCCGAGUGCCGGGUGAAGAAGGACUGAGUGGCGCAAUGUCGCGUAUAAAAAGCUUUCCAUAACGACAGCGACAAUGAACAUACAUUUGACAUUAGAAGCAUGAUUUGGCGAGUCUCAAGUGCCGGGAAGCUCUGAAAUGAAGGAAUGCGUGACAGCAUGAAAGUAAUCCUCGACAGCGGAAUACAUGGCACGUAAUGUAUCGAAUAGAAAUGAAGAGCCGGCAAAAAUUAUAUAAGUUGCGAGAAG